AUGUCGUCGUUAGAGGAGAAGAGAGCCAUAUUAGAGGAAUUGGAAGUUAUUGAAGGUGCAAUAUCGGCGAGGAUAGAACGUAACCCCGAGAUCUACUAUUCAUACCUAAAAGAAUUGCAAUUGGUAAAUCCCGAUGAGAAGGUGCUCGAUAAUAUAUCGAAAGAUGAUAUCAAUUCCAAUCGCAUUUAUGUAAACAAGAAGGCUCGGAGGAGUAGGAAACAGCUGAUACUACAGCAGCACGAAAUUGCGCGCUUUCUGCAGCGUUACUGGAAGCAGGUGAAACGUUUAAAUGCAUUUAAAAGCGAUGAUAUCGAAUCGUUGCGAGAUCCAAACAUGAAUUUCGAAACGUUCGAAGCUGAUAUCAAGGAGCUGCAAGAAAGACAGGCAGAGGGUGCGGACUCGGAGUCUGCCAUUUCUUCUCUAGAGCGCAAGCGACGAGAAUAUUCCAUGUUUUCAGCGUCCAGCGGGGCAGAUCAGACCAUUUUGUCGAACGUCGGUCAGUUCAUCGAUGUAAAUAAACUUUUUAUGUGGGAGGAGCAUUAUGGAGAAUACUUAUUCCUGGAACGACUACACCAGGAUUGGCUCAACGUUGUCAAGGAUGGCAGUGUCACGUUGCUGCAGUUCAUCGCCUUCCUGGAGAGCUUCGCAGGGACCGGAUAUCUGACCGCGCCGCCUGUCGACCGUAAUAGCAAACGCUACCAGGUUUUUAUCCAGAAGCUUGUUACCUACCUCGAGGGCGCUUUUCGUAACACAUAUCCUCUGUUAAACCACCGGUUGCUAGAGAACCGCAUUAGCCAGAGCUUCGAGUCAUAUAUUGCUAAUCCCGUAGAAGACCCUCCGCGUGGAUUGUUGUGCAUAGCAUGUGGGAAGCACUUUAAGGUAGGGACAGUAUUUGCGGGUCAUUUGCUCGGUAAGAAGCACGCCCAGAGCGUGACCACCAAGGUCGCGACACUGCGCGCGGAACAUACGCUUCAUUACCUAGUGAUUUACCUUGCAACAAGCAUUGAGAAUACACGUGCGCUGGUAGAAAGAAAGUAUGCAUUCACGUCUGGUGAGCGGAACCGGGAGAUGGCUACCAUUCGAGAUGCAUACGACGCGCCAGCUUAUAGUUCUGGGGAACCCGAGGAUGUCAUUGAAACCCCUCAACAACAGCAGAACGCUCAUCCAGAUGACGUUAAUCCGCUCAACCUACCGCUUGGUCCGGAUGGUUAUCCCAUUCCUUACUGGCUGUACAAGUUACAGGGCCUGGACAUCGAGUACGCAUGUGAAAUAUGCGGCAAUCACGUCUACAAGGGACGCAGGAUCUUCGAACGCCAUUUUCAGGAACAGCGCCAUGCCUAUGGCCUUCGAUGCCUUGGAAUUGAACCGUCGCCUGCAUUUAAAGACAUAUACAACAUUGCAGAGGCCCAGCAGCUAUUUCAGAGCCUGCAAUCCUCGACUGGCCCAGCUGGCCUAGCGACAAGGCGUGCAGGUGCCAUCUCAUCUUCCGCCAACACAAGGAAACUCGAGGUUGAGGUGGAAGACGAAGAUGGAAACGUCAUGACGCAUCAAGUCUAUGAAGACCUCAAAAAGCAGGGUCUCCUCUAA